AUGGCCAAGUAUCUAUUUGGUUCUUUUGCCAUAUCAGUCUGCUUAACCCUGUCUCUUGUUGCUGCAACAACAAGAGAACCUUCUCACCCAGAACCAUCUCGCAAGAUCAGUGAGCCUUUUGUAUCAUACAGCCCACAGCCGCAACACUUCCCAAACGAGGGGCUAUACAAAGCCUAUCUCGUUAUCCAACGCUUCAAGAGCAGAAUUUCUAGUGACCCAAAAAACAUAACCACGACCUGGUCUGGCCAUGACAUCUGCGGCAGGAAAACCUACCUGGGUUUCCAUUGCGGGAGGACACCUGAUCUGGCUAAGAAGCUUACGAUCAUGGCGGUUGAUUUCAAUGAUUUUGGCCUGAGUGCGCCGAUGCUGGAAGGCUUCAUCGACCAGUUCCCCGAUCUUGUGCUUUUUCAGGCUUCCUCCAACAAUUUUGGCGGCGGUAUCCCGUCCCUCAGCAGCCUUCAGUACCAGUACAAGCUAAGUAUCCAUGACGACCGCCAUGAUCCAUUUCCUGAGAGCAAGUAUCUCAUCACCAUAUAUAUAAGACUGGGUCCGAUUGAUAUUGGUGAACCAGAAGCUGUUGUCGAAACUGCCCGAAAGGGCACAAAGCUUAAUAUUGGUAGGGCGCUCCUCCUCAACAGCAACAGUUUAUCCGGGCCACUACCUGCAAACUUGGGCUUCUCCAAGUUGAGGUACCUCGCCCUCGCCAACAACAAGCUCACCGGGCCAAUCCCGCCAUCAAUAAUGCACAUGCAAGAUUUCCUCCUCGAGAUGCACCUCCUCAACAACCAGCUCUCCGGCUGCCUCCCCAACGAGCUCGGCAUGCUCACCAAGACCGCCGUCAUCGACGCCGGGAUGAACCAGCUCACUGGCCCAAUCCCGUCAUCCUUCUCGUGCCUCAACAGCGUCGAGCAGCUCAACCUGGGCGGCAACCGCCUGUACGGGCAGGUCCCCGACGCGCUCUGCAAACUGGCCGGGCCGGCCGGCCGCCUCUCCAACCUCACGCUCUCGGGCAACUACUUCACGUCGGUCGGGCCGGCGUGCUCGGCACUGAUCAAGGACGGCGUGCUGGACGUGAAGUACAACUGCAUCCCCGGCGUCGCCAACCAGAGGGCCGCGGCGGAGUGCGCCUCGUUCCUGAGCCAGCCGAAGACGUGCCCGGCGGCGAACGCUCGCGUAGUGUGCCCCGCCGCUGACGCCAAGAAGAACGCGGCGGCGGCGCCGGAGGGGACAGCGGCCCGUGACUACUCCAGCUACGUGACGUACGCCACUCUGCAUGAGUGA